AUGUCAGAACCCAUCAAACGCGGCCAGAUCGAUCAGGCACCAACUCCUCAGAAUACCCCUGCAUCAGUUUCGGGCUCCUAUCUUACUAAGACACAAGCCCCUGCUAUUCCUUCCACUAUUAUGGAGGAUGAGGAACUACGCCAGAAGCUAUUGACAAAUCCACUUUUACUUUCUGCUAUUGAAGGUAAGUUGAACACAUUGAUUGGACAGGACAGUGGAUAUGUUGAGAAACUUCCAAAGAAUGUGAAGAACAGAGUGUAUGGAUUGAAGAGUCUACAGAAGGAGCAAUUUAAGUUGGAGGCAGAGUUCCAGCAGGAAUUGUUGGAGUUGGAGCGUAAAUUUCAUGGCAAAUUUGCCCCAUUGUAUGUCAAAAGGGGAGAGAUCGUUGUGGGCAAACACGAGCCUGAUGAAGAGCAAAUUGAGGAGGGUAAAAAGCUAAUGGAACUGGAGAAGGGAGAGGAAGAUGAAGGGGAAGAGGAAGAAGAGGAGGACGACGAUAAAGAAACUCCGGAAGAAGAAGCAGCCGAAGCAGAGGGUACCACUAAAGGAAUUCCAGGUUUUUGGCUUACUGCAUUUGAGAACUUAGGACCGGUUUCGGAUCUCAUUACAGACCGUGAUGCAGAUGUGUUGACUUCUUUAAAGGAUAUCAGGAUGAGUUAUCUUGAUAUUCCAGGUUUCAAGUUAACGUUUGAGUUUGAGGACAAUGCAUAUUUCACUGAUAAGACUCUUACAAAAAUGUACUAUUACCAAAAGGAGUUGGGUUAUACGGGAGAUUUUAUCUAUGAUCAUGCGCAAGGAUGUACGAUCAAUUGGAAGGAUACUGAACACAACGUGACAAUCUCCGUGGAGAAGAGAAAGCAAAGAAACAAGCACACGAAGCAGGUGAGGACUAUCGAGAAGCUCACACCAGUUGCAUCACUGUUUAACUUUUUUGAUCCACCAGUGCCUCCAAAGCCAGAGGAUAUUGAGAAGAAAGAGAAUGAAGACGAAGAUGAGGAUGACGAGGAAGAUGAGGAGAAGAAAGAAGAACAAGGUAAAGGAACGGAGGAAGAAGGAGAAUUGGAGCAGAGACUUCAAAUGGAUUACGAGAUAGGCGAAUUGAUCAAAGACAAAUUGAUUCCAAGAGCUGUGGACUGGUUUACUGGUGAUGCCUUGCAGUAUGAAUUUGAUGCUGGAGAAGAUUUUGACGAGGAUGGAGAAGAAGACGAGGAGAUAAAGGAUGAAGAUGAAGAAGAAGAAGGGGAGAACGAUGAUGAUGAUGAUGAUGAUGAUGACGAAGGUAAUCAAAAUGUCUCGAAAGCGCAGCCCGCUGAUUGCAAUCAGCAAUAG